CUUGACGUGCUUCUGACCUUUGGUCUGGUUUUUAUUCUUCAUAAAGGUCUCGGAUGGUAUCUCUCAUAUUUAUUGUCUCAGAGAAUAAUGCAUGCACAAUACUCAUACCUCCCGUAGAUGGCUUCAGUUUGCUUUAUAAACCCUGGUUGGGUCACCCACAGAGUCAUAGCUGUUGCAGACAGGGAUACGGAAACCUAAUUGCUGCGCAACAUUAAGUUCGCCUUUGUAGCUCUUCAAUUAUUUCCUUGGGGUGCUAUGUGGAAAGUUCUGCUUUUGGCAGUGUGUUUGCUGGCGAACGAAGUUCAUACCAUGGACAGCCCAGUGUAUGGUGUCAAGCUUUGUGGUCGGGAAUUCAUCCGAGCAGUCAUCUUCACUUGUGGUGGCUCAAGAUGGAGACGAUCGCUUCGGACUUCAGCAGAAGACCCAUUCAACUCCCAUCAAGAGUCUUCAGAGGAAUUGAAUCACAAUCCUGUGAUGGAGAGUAUACUCCACAGAAAUAGAGAUCUGGAUUUCAUAUCAAGUGAAAACCAAGACAGAAUCUUCAGUCGGCCAACUCGUUCUUUCAUCACUGAAGAGAUUCUUGAAGCCCUGCGAAAAGCAGAUCGUAAGGGUCGGGACGUGGUUUUGGGUCUUUCCAAUGCAUGCUGCAAGUGGGGCUGCAGCAAGAGUGAGAUUAGUUCUCUUUGCUGAGAACCAAACAACCAUUGAUUGAUCAUCUGAGGCUAAAAAUACAUUUCAGUGAUAGAAAUAAAUAGGGAACCUCUGAAUAAAAAAAAAAAAAAGGUUCAUAAAAUAUGAACGUGGAUCAAU